CGCCAUUUCUAAUCAGCUGGUUUCGCGUGGGUCUGCCAUUUUGCUCCAUAUGAACGAGAGAGAGAAAAAAACACAGAGAAAAAGAGAAAGAUACGACUUCACCAUCAGCAUAUUUUGUGUAUUUGCGACACUUUGUAUUUAUCAGUAUUUCAAUAUAUAUGCUGUUUAUUAUUAGUAGUAAAAAAUGGCCGGCGUUAGCGACUGGUUUGGAAUUGGAAGUACGGUGGCAUGCAAAACGUGUUAUCAAAAAGUAAUUGAAGGUGAAGUGUUGGCUUUUGAUCCACAAACAAAAAUGUUAAUACUUCAAUGCCCAUCAUCAACUGGAAGAUCUUCACUUAAUGAUGUGCAUAUAGUUAACUUAUCACUUGUGUCAGAUGUACAAGUUAAAAGAGAAGUUAGUCCAACGCCGAUUGAACCACCACAAAGUUUAAAUUUGCACAGAAUAAAUACAAGAGUACGUAAUCAGAUUGAAGAAAAAAAACGUAUGGUUAAAGCAAUACAAGCUGGUGUAUCACCAGAUGGACAAAAACUUUUUAUUGCUAUUGCCAAAACAAUACAAGAAAUAACGUGGUCUGGACAAAAUAUUGUUGUUCUAAAUACUGUUACAAUUGUACCACCAUAUAAAGUUGAUAAUAUACAAGGAAAUAUUGAGUCAAAGCCAUAUUUGCAUAUUAAAAAAGUGGUGGAAAAACAUUUAAAGGAUACAGCAGUAGCAGCAGCAUCAUCAGCAGAUACACUGCUAAAAGAUCCACAGCCACAAUUGCUAACACAAAAAACAAGCAGUACUCAGUAGAAAAAAAAAAAAAAAAAAGAGAAAAAUAAAAAAAAAAAACUAUAAAAGAAAUAAAAUCAUUCUAAAAAAAUUAUUCGUUGUUGAAAUACAUCAAAACACAAAGAAAAGACUACUAGAAAUAAGAAAUUUAAUUAAACAAAAACAGCAAAUACAAUUAGCCUUGAAUAAUUUUUUUUUGUUUUUUUUUUUUUUUCAAUUCUUAUUUGAAAAAAUAUGCAAUAGAUUAUUUUACUUACUUUCAUCAUUGAUGAAUACUUUUGUUGCACAAUAAAAAGGUGGCUAAAUCAUUUUUAUUUGCAUCAAAAAGUGAGUCAAGUGUAAAAAUUUAUUUACUAAUGAGAGAAAAUCAAUCGAAAUUAAUAGUAAAUAAAGUGAUCGCUUUCAUCAAACAGUUAUUUUUUUUUUUUUUAUUUAUUUUUUAUUUUUAUUGAAAAGAGAUUUUGUUUUUUUUUAAAUAACAUCAAUCAUGUGCAUGUGAAAGUAAAGAAAAAAACAAACAGCCUGUUAAAUUGUGAAGAGAAAAACAUAUUGGCUUAGAUCUUGCCUACAUUAAAUCACGUGAAAUACAA